AUGGCAGAUGUUCUUGCCAACCUAGCCACCAUGUUGGCUUUGUUGGAGGGACCAUUGGCUAAGUCGUCGGGUAGGCAUCUAUACAUACUAGCUGUGGCUGACUAUUUUUCUAAAUGGGCUAAAGCUGUACCUCUCAAGGAAGUUAAAAAGGAAAAUGUGGUGAACUUCAUCCAAACCCAAUUGAUCUAUGGGUAUGGUGUCCCUCGCUAUAUCAUCACAGAUAACGGUAAGCCAUUCUACAAUAGUUUGGUGGCCCAACUGUGCAAAAAGUUCGAGUUCGAACAGUACAAGUCAUCCAUGUAUAACGUGCCAGCCAAUGGUCUUGUUAAGGCUUUCAACAAGACACUUUGCAAUUUGUUGAAAAAGGUAGUAGAGCACUCGAAGAGGGAUUGGCACAAAAGGACUGGAGAAGCUUUAUGGGUAUACCAAACAACAUACAGGACACCUACGCAAGCCACUUCGUAUUCAUUAGUAUAUGGUGUUGAAGCAAUCCUGCAUUUGGAGCGACAAAUUCUGUCACUUGGAAUUGCUAUCCAAGAAGGGCUUACAAACGAAGCAAAUGCCCGUUUAAGAUUUGAAGAGUUGGAAGCACUCGAUGAAAAGAGAUUGGAAGCUCAACAACGUCUUGAAUUCUACUAA